GUUGUGCAGCGAGGGCUGUGGCCACUGAUAACUCCCUCACUCAGCUGCUGAGGAGCUCAGAAAAGCCUGCUCCAAACUUUUCAGCUGUUGACAAGCUUGACUUGCUGAGAACACUGGUUAAAUAUAGCCCGAGCGAGCCCAGCUCCACAAAGUCAUUGCUCGAACAGUGUGGGAAGAAGAGAACAAGAAGAGGGGAAAACAUAAUCUCAGAACUAAACUGCCGGAGCCAAACAACACCUAGCAACAGUUGAAAAAAAACUUUUAAACAAAAGUCUGGGUGGGAGACUUGAGAGUGUACGACCUCCUGUCUCUGUUGAUCGGGGGUUCCAGGGAGACAAAAGUUCAUCUCUUCUUUCUCCUUGGUUCCCUGCAUGACUUUAUCUGCUGCUUAGACAGAGCUAGGUGAGUGGGAAAAAACCUAUUGCUGUGGAUUUCACGGGGGAGGAGAGUUUUCUUGGAUUUCCAGCUAAUUUGUGCUGUGGGACAAUCUGCCGGACUUCUGGAAGCUUAAGCUGUCACUCACCAAGGAACGGAGAGUGCUGCUGUCAGGUGGGAAUGAGAUCCCGAAAUCAAGGUGGUGAAAGCUCAUCAAACGGGCACUUCUCCUGCCCUCAACCCUCUGACAUCACCAUUGCUGAAGAUAAAAACCUUCCAGAAGAUGCAAAGAAAAAGAAAAAAACAAACAAAAAGGAGAGUGAUGUCAUGGUCUCAGCAACUGUCAAACGACACUUGAAAACAUCUGGAGAAAGAGAACAGGGGAACAAGAAAUCUCUAGAGUUAUCCAAAGAAGAUCUCAUCCGACUGCUCAGUAUAAUGGAGGGAGAAUUGCAGGCCAGGGAAGAUGUGAUCCACAUGCUGAAGACAGAAAAAACCAAGCCUGAAGUUUUAGAGGCUCACUACGGAUCUGCAGCACCAGAGAAUGUGCUUCGGGUUCUACACAGAGAUGCCAUCCUGGCUCAGGAAAAGUCCAUAGGAGAAGACGUGUAUGAGAAACCGAUUUCAGAGCUGGACAGGCUUGAAGAAAAACAAAGAGAAACCUAUCGGCGCAUGUUGGAACAGCUCCUAUUGGCAGAGAAGUGCCACAGGCGCACUGUUUAUGAGCUAGAAAACGAGAAACACAAGCACACAGAUUACAUGAACAAAAGUGAUGACUUCACCAACCUCCUGGAACAGGAGCGUGAAAGGUUAAAAAAACUUCUUGAGCAGGAGAAGAUCUACCAAGCUCGCAAAGAGAAAGAAAACACCAAGAGGCUCAAUAAACUGAGAGAUGAACUGGUGAAACUCAAAUCAUUUGCCCUCAUGCUUGUAGAUGAAAGACAAAUGCACAUCGAACAACUUGGUCUGCAAAGCCAGAAGGUGCAAGACCUUACACAGAAACUAAAGGAAGAGGAGGAGAAAUUGAAAGCUAUUACUUCAAAAUCCAAAGAAGAUAGACAAAAGCUGCUUAAGUUAGAAGUAGACUUUGAACAUAAGUCUUCAAGGUUCUCUCAAGAGCAUGAGGAGAUGAAUGCUAAAUUGGCUAAUCAGGAAUCACACAACAGGCAGCUUCGGCUUAAGCUGGUAGGUUUAACCAGGAGAAUUGAGGAACUGGAAGAAACCAACAAGAACCUCCAAAAGGCUGAGGAAGAACUUCAAGAGUUAAGAGAUAAAAUAGCCAAAGGGGAAUGUGGGAACUCCAGCCUUAUGGUAGAGGUGGAAAACCUCCGGAAGCGUGUGUUGGAAAUGGAGGGCAAAGAUGAGGAGAUCACCAAAACAGAAUCACAGUGUCGAGAAUUGAAGAAGAAGCUGCAAGAAGAAGAACACCAUAGCAAGGAGCUCAGGUUAGAAGUUGAGAAGUUACAGAAGAGAAUGGCUGAACUGGAGAAGCUGGAAGAGGCUUUUAGCAAGAGCAAAUCAGAAUGCACGCAGCUGCACUUGAAUCUGGAAAAAGAGAAGAACUUAACCAAAGACCUGAUAAAUGAAUUGGAAGUGGUAAAGAGUCGAGUUAAAGACCUUGAAUCUUCUGAAAGCCGGUUAGAAAAGGCCGAAAUGAGUUUAAAGGAUGAUCUGACGAAGCUGAAGUCAUUUACUGUGAUGCUGGUUGAUGAAAGGAAAAAUAUGAUGGAAAAAAUAAAACAAGAAGAAAGAAAAGUUGAUGGGCUCAAUAAAAAUUUCAAGGUAGAGCAAGGGAAGGUUAUGGAUGUGACUGAGAAACUAAUUGAUGAAAGUAAGAAGCUUUUAAAACUUAAGUCUGAAAUGGAGGAAAAGGUAUAUAGCUUGACAAAAGAGAGGGAUGAGUUAAUGGGCAGAUUGAAAAGUGAGGAAGAAAAGUCCUCAGAGCUGAGUUGUAGUGUUGACCGAUUAAAGAAGAGGCUGGAUGGCAUAGAGGAAGUGGAGCGAGAAAUAACCAGAAGCAGAUCCCGAAAAGGACCUGAACUUACCUGCCCAGAAGAUAACAAGAUUAAAGAAUUAACACUGGAAAUAGAAAGACUGAAAAAGCGUCUCCAACAACUAGAAGUAGUUGAAGGAGACUUAAUGAAGACAGAGGAUGAGUAUGAUCAGCUGGAGCAAAAAUUCAGAACUGAGCAGGAUAAGGCUAACUUUCUCUCUCAACAACUGGAGGAGAUAAAGCACCAGAUUGCAAAAAAUAAAGCAAUUGAGAAAGGUGAGGCUGUAAGUCAGGAGGCUGAGCUAAGACACAGAUUCCGGUUAGAAGAGGCCAAGAGCCGAGACUUGAAGGCUGAAGUACAAGCCCUGAAAGAGAAGAUUCAUGAGUUAAUGAACAAAGAAGACCAGCUUUCUCAGCUGCAGGUGGACUACUCAGUUCUUCAGCAAAGAUUUAUGGAAGAAGAAAACAAGAAUCGAAACAUGGGACAGGAAGUCCUGAACUUGACAAAAGAGUUAGAGCUCUCUAAGCGCUACAGCCGAGCUCUAAGGCCAAGUGUAAAUGGAAGAAGGAUGGUAGAUAUUCCUGUGGCGUCUACUGGUGUGCAGACAGAUGUAGUAAGCAAUGAAGCUGCAGAGGAAGAAACCCCAGCUGUGUUUAUAAGAAAAUCUUUCCAAGAGGAAAAUCAUAUUAUGAGCAAUCUUCGGCAGGUGGGGCUAAAGAAGCCCAUGGAGCGAUCAUCUGUACUGGACAGGUAUCCUCCAGCAGCAAAUGAGCUGACGAUGAGGAAAUCUUGGAUCCCAUGGAUGAGAAAAAGGGAAAAUGGCCCCCCAACACCUCCAGAGAAAGGGCCUCGGGCCAAUUCUAGUCCAGGACAUCCAGGAGAGGUCGUUCUUUCCCCAAAGCAGGGCCAGCCUCUUCAUAUUCGGGUGACUCCUGAUCAUGAAAACAGCACGGCUACUUUGGAGAUAACUAGUCCAACAUCUGAAGAAUUUUUUUCUAGUACCACCGUCAUUCCUACAUUAGGGAACCAAAAACCACGGAUCACCAUUAUUCCCUCACCAAAUGUCAUGUCUCAGAAAUCAAAAGGGAGUGAUGCAACAUUGGGGCCAGAACGUGCCAUGUCACCAGUAACGAUAACUACAUUCUCAAGAGAGAAGGCCCCUGAAGGUGGCAGAGGAGCUUUUAUGGAGAGACCCACAUCCCCCAUUCAGAUAAUGACAGUAUCAACAUCUGCAGCACCUGCAGAGAUCUCUGUAUCUCCAGAAUCAAAGGAAAUGCCCAUAGGAAGGACUGUCUUCAAAGUAACUCCAGAAAAACAGAAUGUCCCAACUCCAGUACGAAAAUUCAACUCCAACGCCAACAUCAUAACCACAGAGGACAACAAAAUUCACAUUCACUUGGGUUCCCAAUUUAAACGAUCCCCUGGAGCAAGUGCUGAAGGGGCAAGUCCACUCAUUACCGUUAGACCAGUCAAUGUGACAGCUGAAAAAGAGGUCGCCACUGGCACCGUCCUUCGUUCUCCUAGGAACAACCUCUCCUCAAGGCCUGGAGCAAGCAAAGUGACAAGCACCAUCACUAUAACACCUGCUACCACAUCAUCCACCAGGGGAACCCAGUCAAUGUCAGGACAAGAUGGGUCAUCUCAGCGGCCUACACCCACCCGUAUUCCUAUGUCAAAAGGUAUGAAAGCAGGAAAGGCAGUAGUGGCAGCCCCAGGAGCAGGAAAUCUGACCAAAUUCGAGCCUCGAGCAGAGACUCAGUCUAUGAAAAUAGAACUGAAGAAAUCUUCAGCCCGCAGCACUACCUCUCUUGGAGGGGGGAAGGGCUGAGGGCAGUGGCUAAGGGGGUAUGUUGUGCAGCUAUUAUGGCUACCAUGAAAAUCUACCUCCUGUCUGUUAGUGGCAACUGUUUACAUGUACUAAUUUAAGUUGUGAAUACACCAUUUACCAAAUAAUGAACUAAUCAUUACAUGUCUUACUGAUUGUGUACCUUUGUCUCUGUGCAGGGGAGAUAACUUAUAGUAGAAACUAUGCUUGCAGCAUGGUGCACUAGAAAUAGCACUGGACUGUGUGUUAGAAGACCUGGUUUGUAGUCCUAGCUUUGUCAUCAACUGUGAGACCUUGGAAAUAUCACUUGACUUCUCUGUCCUUUGUUUCAUCAGCUGCAAAAUGAGGGAAUAGACUAGACAGCCAACCCCACCAGUCUGUGAUUCCCAACAGUCCUAUUUUAGUAUUAAUUUAUCUCUACUGUUUUUAUUUUCUGAAAAAAAGUGUGUCAUAUAAAACAAUGUGUAAUUACACCUAUGGAUAAUUUCCUCUACUUCUAAGGAACUCUUGGUUUGCCAUAUGUGCCUCAAAAAAAGUCAUUGUUAACUAAAAUUUAAAAAGAAAAAUCUUCCCUAAAUUAAUUUCAAAGAAUAAUCUCCUAUGAAAUAUAAAAUACAAUAAAAAGAAAUGACAGAGGCAUAAUAAAUAGAACUGUUACUGUUAUGGAAUUUAUUUUGGGGGGGAGAGGGAAGACUUCCUGUCAAUCUCCAAAAGAUUCCCUAAGUUUCAUAGAGAACACUCUGAAAACCAUUGAUUUAGUGAUAAUAAUACUGUGAUCAAGUAAAAAAAGCAGUGUAUUUAAAUCAUAUGCAGUAUGACUGUAGUGUCCAGAUAGCCAUCCUGAAAGCCAACCGAGAUCAUAAUGAAUGGCUCAAAAGGGUUGCUGCUGUAUUCCAAUGAGAUGCCAAGAAAAGAAUCAUAGGACCAAUGAUUGAGUACUAGAAGGAACCUUAGACAUUGGCUGGUCCAAAUCCUUCCUUUUACAAGUGAGGCAACUGAGACCCAGAGAGGUUAAGUGAUUUGCCAAGGCCACACAGGUAGUAAGUGGCAAAGCCAAGAUUUGAACCCAGGUCCUCCUACUCCAAAUCCAGGACUCUUUCCAUUGUGCGAAACUUCAUAUGCUGCUUAGUUGAAUUCUGAUUUUCUCCUCAAGUCACAGUGAAGUCUUUGUUCAUGAGUGUAGAUCCAGUCUCAGGAGUCUUUGUAGUAUGGAGAAGUGGAUUUUCUUUUUCUUUUAUCAUUUUUACCCAUGUUUAUCUCAUUUUCCUUUUCAUUCUUUUAAAGCAUGCUUUAAUACGCAUGAAACUGGGUGUGGAUGCAAAAACCAGAUGUCAUUCUGAUGUGAUUAAUCAUAUUUAAGUAGAUGCUGGUCAUUUCAGUGUAUAUAACAAAAAGUGAGCUCAAGGCUAACAGUAGCUUAGCAUACAAGGUCUCACACAGGCUGCGCUUUUGUCUUAAUUUUUGAACCAUUUGGGUGAACUUUACGAGAUUACAACAACCUCAAAGUUACAAAUCUGGAAUUUUCUUUUUUAAUUUGUAAAAUGUAGGAAUUAAAAAAUGAAUCAACCAGAGAACUCUUUUUCAUAUUUUAAAAGGGGGGAAGGGGAAAGUUAAUCACUUUUUAACACAUAACUCAUGAUGCUUCAGUGGUAAAGACAUUGAUUGCUCUUUCCCAUGCCAGAUUUCUUGUCAUUGGCAGGACUCUGACUUGAAUUGUUUAUAGUAGUGAUGGAUGGCUUUCUAUGUUCCACACUUUUGUUCUUGUCAGGCCCCUGUGGCCUGUUGCUCUUGGAUUCUUAAGGUAUAAACUCAAAAUGUUAUUGUAGGAAAGGGCCCAUAAUGGAGCCAUGUUGUGUUGGGAGAGUCCUGUUGUUGGGAGAAGAGAGGUCAAAGAAGAUCAGAGAGAUAUGAAUGUUUAAGAAAUGGGACUUUAAAAUAGGAUUUCCCCAGGAGAUCCUCAUCUUUAGAUUACUGAUUCUUGUGCUUGUCUAAAAGAGGUAUUUCCCCACCCCCACUUUGGUAAAGUUGCUACCCAAAACUUUCAAAAACAAGGACAUUCCAAAACAUGGAACCUUUGCCUCACUGGGCAUUUGUUUAAUACUGUAAUGUAAAGAUGGAGCAAAAUGGGCCCUCCCAAGCACCAGGCAUCCUAGUCCUUUUGACCUUCCCUGCUGCCUUUCCUAGGUUCCCUGCUACUGAUGCCCCAUUUCGGUUUGGAUCACAAUGUUAAUAUUGCUUAUUGCUAUUUUUGCUCUUACCUGCUCACAAUAUGCUUCCCGAUUUUCCUAUGAGAAGACAGUCCUGUCAGCACAGACAAUGCUGGGAAAGGCUUAACAGUGCAUCCACAGGAUGUUUACACAUCUGCAUUUUGGAAUAGUUUAGCCUACAAAGUACGUCUACUAAGAAAACUUGGCAGAACUAACACAUGUUUGCUUUCCAGAAAUGAUGAAAAGCAACCUCUGUGAUAGUUUCUCUUUGUGAUUUUAGAACAGACUCUACAUUUAUUGUAUAACUUGUUUUAAGCCACACGUUAGAAGUGAAAAUCCACUGGGGAUAGGAGGUGGAGGAUUAAACGCACACCAGCUUUUGGCUCCCAUUUGUGAUUAUAAUGUUUCUAAGAUGCUUUGGGGUAGGUUUUUGUAGGAGUGAGCAUGAUGUGAUACUCAAAAACUGCCUAAAUUUUUCCCCCUGCUUGGCUAUGUAUUGUCUAGUAAAAUUUAAAGGACACAUUCAGCCAAAUCAUCCUGCUGUGUGUGUUACUUCCUGGGAAUAAUACUUAUUUACAUUUAUAUAGCACUUUAAGGUUGGCAAAGUUCUUUUACAUACUUCAUCUCACUUGAGCCUCACAACAACCUUGUGAGGUAGGUACCGUGGGCAUUAUUAUCCCCAUUUUAUAGAUGAACCUAAGGCUCAGAGAGCCCAAAUGACUUGCUUAUGGUUUUAAAACUGGUAAAUGCCAGAGGUGUGAUAUGAACCCAAGCCUAUUUAUCUGCUACGCCAGGUUCCUCCUGUAAAUUAGGAAGUUAUGUUGAAUAGCUUGGACUACGAGGGUAAUAACCAUUCGACAUGCACUGUACCCCCAGUUUUCCUUAUGGGAAAACUUCAUGGGAAAACUCUAAAACAAUAGCUGCCAGUUUAGUUUGAAAGUUAAUAAAGGUGGGGAACUAUAUCUGCUUGUACUAAAUAAUUAAAUUUCUGCUAGCAAUUUUUCAGGGGGCUUGGGGGGGGCAGGCCCAGUAGUUGGGAUGCUUACUGCACUCUAUAGAUAUUUCAUAAUACUCAUUAAGGUGUUAAUUUGUCUUUUAUUUGAAGGCUCUAAAAAUGCUCUGCCAUAAGGUGAGAUAAUAUAGCCUUGUGGAAAGGAAAACGACAUAAGACCCCCAAAUAGACUAAAAUUUCUCAUUUCCCAGCAGAGUCCAGAGAACAUAUGAUAUACUGCCAAGACUUGGUUGAGGACAAAGAGUCUUUCACUAGGGAAAAUAUAAGGAUGAUAGAUACCAUGUGUAACAGAAGAGUAGGGUGAAGGGAAGGAGGGGAACAGAUAUCUCAUUCUUAAUCUCUAGCCACAUAUAUGUAUUAUAGUAGAGCUGGGAACCUUUUUUCUCUGGAGCAAAAGCAGGUGUGUAAAGAGUGGAAGGAGGCAGCUAAACAGAAAGUUCAGCUACAGGUGUAAGGGAGGGGAGUGACCCAUACUCUAGACAGUCCAGUCCUUACCUCCAACGGGGUUCAGGUGAAUCCUAAGAAAGGGUCAUCACUGCAAUGUGAUACUCUAGGUAAAAUGUUGAGAAUAGGGAUGCUAGUAUGCCCCCUCUAGAAGCCAGUGAUUCCACCCUAGCUAUAGCUCUAAUGGAUUAGGUUUGGGGACUACAGAGAGGAGAGAGCAAAACAGAAGCCAUAUUUUUGAAGUUCUAUCACAUUAUCUAGGAGAUCAUCUAUUCCCCUCAAAUAUUCACACUCAUUGUGGAGAAAAAACUAGUGUGAAGAUGAUCUGGUGUGGGGCAGCUAGGUGGCAUAGUGGAUAAAGCACAAGCCGUGGACUCAGGAGGACCUGGGUUCAAGUCCAGCCUCAAACACUUGACACUUCCUAGCUGUGUGACCCUGGGCAAGUCACUUAACCCUCAUCGCCACACCAAAAAAAAAGGAAAAAAAUGAUCUGGUGUUAUCACUGUGAAGACUUUCUUCUCCUUUUUGAGUCUGUUACUCUUGAAGGAAUGAUAGAGAGGGAAAUGAGCCCUUGUAGGGAAAUUUUAAAAUAGGGCAAAAAGAAAUCUGAGCACAAAUAGUCAUACUUAGGCUGCUUCUUUCCAUUCCGUUCCACAGCACUGAGUAGGGCAGAGCUCAGAUGACAGGGGAGAUAGAGCUGCAGGGAGAAUAUUGCUAUAUUGGCAAUUCAUAAUCAUUCACACCGUUGGUGCUAACAAGCUGAAGUAAAGAAACUCUGAUUACCUUCAAUGAAGUAGUCACAGCCUUUUCACAAGUGUGCUUCUACAGGCAGCUAGGUGGCUCAGUGGAUAGACCACCAGCCUUGGAGUCAGGAGGACCUGAGUUCAAACCUGGCCUCAGACACUUGACACUUAUGAGCUGUGUGACCCUAGGCAAGUCACUUAACCCCAAUUGCCUCACCAAGAAAACCAACAAAACAAAAACCAACAAACAAUUGUGCUUCUAGAAAACACAAUUAGGAGAGAUGAACUUUUUUACUUAAUCCGCAGAAGAGUCUAAAUAGGUUAGCAUCAUUUAGCAGGGAGAAAAGAAAGCUUUGAAAAGGUGACAUAGCCAGUCUCCAAUUUCAUGAAGGAUUCUCAAAGCCCGGUGCAAUGCCCUGGCACAUAAGAGGUUCUUAAUAAGUGUUUAUUUGCUGGAUAUUAAUUGAAUAUUAAAGGGGAAGGACAUUAGGGACUUCUUAAUUCUAGGGGCUUGGGAGCUUAGAUUUAGUGCUGAAAUGUACCUUAGAGAUCACCUAAUCCAACCCUAAUUAAUUAUUUAUCCAACUGUACUCAAAUCAAGAAGAGAAGGAAGAGAAAGUUGGAUUAAAUGACAACAGAAGAGGCUUAAGUUAACUAUCAAGAAGAAUUAUCCUAUUAAGAAAUUUGGUGAAGAACAGAAUAAUUGAUUGAGCCCAAGAGUAGAAGUUCAGAGUCUUGGGUUCCAGACCUGGCUUUGGCACCAGCUAGACUUUAUGUCAGUGCCUCACUCAGGGCCUUGCUUUCCUCAUCUGCAAAACAGGCAGCUCGGAUGGGGUCAGUGUGUGUGUGUGUGGGGGGGGGGGGGACAGGGACAACAUAGUACUAUAGAAAGAAUGCUAAAUUUCAAAGCGUGGAACCUGAAUUAAAAUCCUAAUUCUACCAUUUACUCUCUGUGUUCCCUUGCAUACUUAACAUUUCUGAGCCUUAGUUUCCUUGUCUGUAAUAUGAGGGAGUUGGAAUAGGUGAUUUCUAAAGUAUAUUCUAGCUCUAAAUCUAAGACGCUAAGCUUUUUUGACUAAAUGUCUCUAAGAUCUUUCCCCUUUAAUAUUUACUCAAUCAACAAACAUUCAUUAAGAAUCUGCUAUAUGCCAAGGUGCUGCAUUGGGCACUAGGGAUACAAAUAAGACUACUUACAGUAAGCUAAUCUAACAGGGAAUUUAGUAAGUAAUUUAGUAAAAUAUCAAAUAUCAGGAGAAUAAAUAUAUGGCAUUUUGGGAGGGAGGGCACUGGCAGUUGGAAGGAUUGGGAAAGGCUUGAGCUGUACCUUUGAAGGAAGAGAAGGAUUCAAUGUGGUUGCAGGUGAGAUGGGAAUAUGUAGAAGAAAGCCAGAGCAAAGGAAUGAAGAUGGAAAAUGGAGGGUCAUGUAUGAAGAACAGAGAAGAGCAUUUGGCUGGAUCUUAGAAUGGGAUUUAGGUAGUAAUGUACAAUGAACCUGGAAACCUAGGUUGGAGACAAGUCUGUGAAGUGUGUUAAGAACUAUUGUCAUGGGGUGGCUAGGUGGCGCAGUGGAUAACGCACCAGCCCUGGAUUCAGGAGUGCCUGAGUUCAAAUCCGGCCUCAGACACUUGACACUAACUAGCUGUGUGACCCUGGGCAAG